AUGAGAUUGAAUGACUUGACAGAAUCAAGGAAGAUGCUCAAACAAUUCAAGGACAAGGAUGUCCGACCACCAAGAUCAUACAGUGAUUUCUCGAAAUCUCCAAGAUAAUUGCAAUUAGACACAACUCAAUUGUACUCAUGGGGACUUAACACUUGUGGCUAACUCCUCAAGAACAACAAGAACAUCACUCCACACUACUAAGGAGUGACCUUGUGUUCAGCAGGUGAAAAUCACACCAUCAUUGUGAAUAAUAAAAAUGAAGUUAUAGGAUUUGGGGACAACCAAUUCGGACAAUUGGGAUAUGAAUCAAACACUCAACCCAAAUUGACUCCAAUCUUCAAAGAUCAAAGAAUUACCAGUGUAGUUUGCGGUGCUGAACACACAUUCAUGUUGACAGCCAAAGGGGAAGUGUAUUCUUGGGGUUUAAAUUUGAAAGGCCAAUUAGGUUUGGGUUGUUUUGAUAACAUUAGUCAGCCCACUCUUGUUUAUGGAUUGUUGCCAUUUGGUAAUAGCAAUGGCAAGGCAAGAGAGCAAUAAUAGGGUCACAAGAGGAUGAAGAGUGUCAACGAAGCAGAUUAGUCAACAUCUCCAGGAUUGAAGGAGAGAUCCUCAUCAAUAGACAACAUAAUGGAGCAGCUGGUAUUGAUGAAGGAAAAGAUCAAAUAAAAGAAUCCCAAUGAAAGUUAAUGUUAAAUUCUUUUAUAAAAUGAUGAAGCAGUUCAAUAGGUAGCAUGUGGUGCAUUACACACUGUAAUAUUGACUAACAAAAAUAGAAUCUUCUCUUGUGGUUUUGGGGAGUCAUAUGCAUUAGGACAUCAAGAGAACUUGACAAUCAGUGAGUUUAAAUUGAUAUAGAAUUUGUCUCAUUUCAAAGUGGAGAAAAUCAGUUGUGGCUUAGCACAUUCAGGUUGCAUAGUCGAAGGUGGUAAGCCUUAUCUAUGGGGUUUUUGUAAAUCCAAUAAAGAUUUUCAUAAACAGCCUACUCAAAUUAAAUUGGUAGAUGAAUUCAACAAUUAGUAAUGUGUAUUGGACAUGAAGAUGGGUGAAAUGUUUACUCUAUUUCUAACAAGUAAAGGGGAAGUCUACUCGAUGGGAGAUAAUAUUCACGGGUAAUUGGGCAACGAUCUGAGCAGUUCAGAUGUUCCUAUCAAGAUCUCAGGAUUACCUCUUAUAUCCUAGGUAUCUGCAGGAAGAAAUCACAGUAUGGCUUUGUCUGCAGAUUAUAAGUAAAUAUAUGGAUGGGGUUCCAAUAUCUAUGGAUAGUUAACAGGAUAACCAAGUGUGAAUGGGAAGGGAAUCAUGUCACCUAAGCUAUUGUUCACAGUACCUGAAACCCAGAGAAUUGUGUGUGGUAAUUUCCAUUCCAUAUUAUUGUCACCCUCUUACCUGGAGAUCAUUUUGGAUGAAAAUGACAAUAACCAUAAAGAGUAGGAUAAGUUAAACGAAGAGGUUGAAAAGUAUAGGAACGAAUAAGAAAUACUGAAAUAAUAAAACAUUUAAUUACAAUAAAAAUAUGACAGAAUGAAAAAUGAAUUAAUAUCCAAAAAAAAAGUUAAAGACCAGAAAGUAUAAACAACUGAAUCAUAUAUUUAAAGGCAAAUAAAAAAACAAUAAUCUAAAUUUGAUAUCUCUGCAUUAGAGAUCUCCCCAGAGAGACCAAUCAAACAUAGAAUAUUUUAAUCUAGUUUGGACAUAGAUUUCAAUGACAUUAUGUUAGAGAAACAAAUAAGUGAGGGAGGCUAUGGAGUCAUUUACAGAGCUAAAUGGAGAGAAACAGUAGUGGCUGUUAAGAUGUUUAAGAUAGACGGAAUGAAUGAAAAUCAUAUCCGAGAUUUUCUGUCUGAAUGUCAUGCCAUGGAAGCUCUUAGACAUCCAAACAUAGUAAUGUUUCUUGGUGCUUGUACCAAACCACCUAAUCUAGCAAUUGUACUGGAAUAUUGUUAAAGAGGAUCUUUGUGGUAGGUCAUAUAAAAUCAUGAUAUUCAUUUAACUUGGGAAGAUCGUAGAAAAAUGGCACUCGAUGCUGCAAAAGGAGUGUUGUAUCUACACUCAUUCAAUCCUCCUAUUCUCCAUAGGGAUUUAAAAAGCUUAAAUCUAUUAUUAGAUGAAGCAUUUAGAACUAAACUAGCAGAUUUUGGUUGGACUAGAACUCUAUCUAAUUACAUGACCAGCAAGAUCGGAACAUAUCAAUGGAUGGCUCCAGAAGUAAUUGCAGGAUAAGUUUAUACAGAAAAAGCCGAUGUAUUCAGUUUUGGUAUAAUUUUAUGGGAAAUUGCUGCAAGAGAACCUCCUUAUAGAAAUAUCACUGGAUUAUAAGUUUCUUUAGAUGUUUUGAAUAACGAUUUUAGACCAACUAUUCCGAAAAAGACUCCUGAGGUCUUUACACGACUAACUAAGAGAUGUUGGGAUAGAGAUCCAGAGAAGAGACCUUCUUUUAAGGAAAUCAUAAAGGAAUUAGAAAUGAUGAAAUUCCCAUAAGGAGCGUGA